GCCAGCCCAAUAUUUGCAUAAUAUUGAUCCACGGCCCAUUUGCUAUUGCUCAUAAUUUUUCGUUGUCUUUGCAGGCGGAAAUUUCGCACAUCUUGUCUGUAAGGCUCGUUUGACUUCUGGGGGAAUUAGGGUUGCCAAAGAAACGCGAAAAGACACAGACAGAAAUGGGGAAUUUGAAGCAGUUUAUCAGAAGCCUUGACGCGUUUCCGCGCGCGGAAGAACAUUUGAUGCAGAAGACGAAAACAGGAGCUCUCGUUUCUGUCAUUGGACUGGUUAUCAUGGCAACAUUGUUCUUCCAUGAGGUUACUUAUUAUCUAUCGACGUACACCGUGCACCAGAUGGCGGUCGAUUUGACCCGUGGACAAUUGCUUCCGAUCCAUAUAAACAUGACCUUCCCAUCUUUACCUUGUGAUGUUCUUAGUGUUGAUGCAAUAGAUAUGUCAGGGAAACAUGAAGUCGAUCUCGACACAAAUAUAUGGAAGCUUCGCUUGAAUAAAGAUGGUCAGAUCACCGGCACCGAGUAUUUAUCAGACCUUGUGGAGAAAGAACAUGCUGCUCACCAACACGAUGACCACAAAGAUCAUAAAGAGGAGUCUGAUCAUAAAACUGAACUCCACAAUCUCGAUCAAGAAGCUGAGAAAUUGAUCAGUAAGGUGAAGAAUUCAUUAGCAAAUGGGGAAGGUUGUCGGGUAUAUGGGGUUUUGGAUGUACAACGGGUUGCUGGAAACUUCCAUAUUUCCGUUCACGGGUUAAACAUAUUUGUUGCCCAAAGGAUAUUUGACGGGUCAUCGCACGUCAAUGUGAGUCAUGUAAUUCACGAAUUGUCAUUUGGGCCGAAGUAUCCUGGGAUUCAUAACCCACUUGAUGAUACAGUCCGGAUUUUGCAUGGAACAAGUGGAACGUUCAAGUAUUACAUAAAGAUCGUUCCAACUGAAUACAAGUAUAUCUCAAAGGAAGUUCUGCCCACAAAUCAAUUCUCCGUCACCGAGUACUUUUCUCCUAUAGACGAGUCUGGGAAGGCGUGGCCAGCCGUGUACUUUCUGUAUGAUCUCUCGCCAAUCACGGUGACCAUCAGGGAAGAGCGCCGUAAUUUUCUCCACUUCGUCACACGCCUUUGUGCUGUACUCGGUGGCACAUUCGCCUUAACAGGAAUGCUGGACAAAUGGACCUACAGGCUCAUCGAAGCAAUAACGAAACCAAGUUCUAGACGAGUUAGACGGUGAUUUGGAGGUUCAAAGGUAUCCAUUCAUCCCCAAACUCGUGAUAUUUUUCGAACAAUGUUGAUAGCUUCGGGGAAUUAUUUAGUUCGAAGCAAAUUCGGUUCGCCUAUGAUCGCUUUCUUCCUUGGAAGUUGUCAAAUUUUGAUUAUUGAAUCUUUCAGAAAGUUCUUAGCAUAAUUUUAUGUAUGUUUUGGGCACAAAUACAACCAUUGUUCUGCAGGGAAUACGAAUGUUGUAUGUAAAUUUUCGUGUAAAUUUGUUUUCUCGCAUUAUUUUGUUGUCUAUCUUGAAAUUUUAA